AUGCGAUCGCGAGUGAAGUGGGCCUUCGUGGCCAUCCUGUGGGCCACACUUGGGUUGCGGGGUGCUCUGGCGGCCUCCGAUUCCGGGCUGCCCGAUUUCGAGCUGGACGAUGGCAAGGACGACGCGGACGAUUACUACUACGUCAACGAUGGUAGCGAUCAGCAGAUGCAGCCGUCGCACAAGAUGAUCAGUUACGCGAAACCUCCACCGACGCAGGAGGUCCAGGAAGUGGCGGGCGAGGAGGAACUAGAACCGUUCCUGAUGGAGGACGACGAUACGAGCUUCGAGCUGAUGGACGAUGUCGAGUUCGUCGAGCAGGGCGGCUCGGACUUUCAGCGGAAGGCAGAACGCAUGAAGCACAUCAUGCUGAAGGCGUUCGCCAAUCGGGAGUUCCAGCGAAAGUUCGCCGAGGUGCUGCCACUGCUGAAGGUGAUGUCCCGGACGCAAAAGUCCACCCUGGCGGCCCUCAUCUCGGCGCAGGUGAACUCGCGUGAAGGCCACACACUGUCGCUGGAGCAGGUCAAAGCAAUGUUCGGCAACCGGCCGGAGCUGAUUCUGCCCCUCGUCUACGACAUCGCCAACAUGAUCCGCACCGUGGCCAAACGGGAGAGUCUACUGUUCGAGCAGAAGCACCCUGGCUCCGAGGAACCCGGCUCCAACCGUCCCGACUUCCUGGAGGACGAAGGUGUCCUGUCGAAUCAUCUGCUUCGCCGGAGCUUCAGCACCCGACCGGAGCCACACGGUUUCCGGACGAACGAUCGACGGCCGGUCGACGCCAACCUACAGGAUGGCCGACUGGUGGUGGAUCUACCGGAGGAUCUACAGGACGACGCGGAGUCCGAGGGUCGCUCGAUCCGCUCCUCCGAUGUGCCGUUCUUCGAGAAGCUCGUCCAGGCGCUGCCCCGGUUCAACGUUCAGCGCACCCAGGACCGGUCCGACGACCGGAUGACGUACCACGAGCGGAAGCUCAACAUGACCGCCUUCAACGCGUCCGCCAAUCAGCGCGACCAGCUGGCGAUGGCCUCCGAUGGUCCGAUCCCGGUCACGUUGCCCAAGGUGCCGGAUAAGCCUCAAACGCCGGUCCCGGUCCCGACGGUGCCGAGUCCAACGCCACAGCCCGCUGUUGUGCCCGCAGACCACUCCGACUCUCCGGGCCACAGGCUCACGCUGGAGGAGAUCGAAGACCUGGCGUUUAGUGGGCUGAACGGGACGGAAAAGGAUGGGACACUCGGCACCGGGAGCAACACAUCGGCGUUGGCCCCCACUUCCGGGGGACCCGUGGCAGAGCGACUGGUCGGUAAUCGGCAACGGCCGCAGGGACUCCACACCUUGCUGCCGAACGAAAACUGUGAGCACUUCUCGGGCGGCGUCUGCAUCCGAGUCGCCAACUAUCCUACGUCCGAGAUCAUGUACAGCAUUACGCGCCACCGGCAUGCGAUCGGGGCGCUGCUGGCCGAGUACAUCGACAAGUCGACGGCCCAGGACCGGACCGUGUACGAGCCGGACGAGAUCGAGCAGGGCAUCAACACGAAGCUGAGAAAACGCGAGGAUGACCCCUCGAAGGCCGGCGGCAGCAUGUGCCCCAGCAUCAUCCGGUACGCACGGCCCCAGAAGGCCCGCUCGGCGACCGGUGAGUGGAAGUACAUCGUCAACACGGGCGAACACACGCAAACGCUGCGGCUCGAGAAGUGCAGCACGCCGCAAGACUCGUGCACCUACCUGACGGACAACUUCCGGUCGCGCUGCGUCCAGAUCUACAACUACCACCGGCUGCUGAGCUGGGACGCGGCCCGGGGGCUCCACGUCGACAUCUUCAAGGUGCCGACCUGCUGCAACUGCCACAUCGACGGCUACCGGGAAACGUUCCCGCCGCUGACCAGCUACAACGACCUGAAGUCGAAAGCGCACGAGGACCCGAACGAGUCCGCCUCGACGCUCAUCCGGAACACGCACCAGUACCUCCAGCACCACCCGGCGCCCCACAACCACUACUCCACGCUGCAGUUCGAUCAGGUCGAGCAGGAGGACGAGUCGGACGACAACAUCGCCUACCAGUUCUCGAACGGUUUCCAGCGCGUCCCGAAGCCACCGUCGCCGCAGCCGCCAAAGUCGUAUGACCACCACCACCUUCCGGCCGUUCCUCCGCCUCCACCACCCCCAAAAACACGUUUCGAUCGGCCAGCGGCCAAGCACGGCCCCAAACCGAAGCACCCGGGCCACUUCGGCGCCCCACCAACCCUGGACACCUACCUGAGUCCUCCGCCGAAUGAUCUCGCCUACGGUUCCCCGUUCAAACGGGGACCGCACGCCUUCCAGACGGACAACGCGCUGAAGCGGGCCGGAAACGUGGGCAGCGCCCCGAACCGGAGGCAGCCUCUCCGGAAACCGGUCGGACUGCACGACCAGAGCAUCGCCGAGACGGAUUCACGCAUCAACCAGGUGCUGGUGUUGCCUCCUCCAUCGGGCACCGGCCAGCAGCUGGAUGAGCUGGCGGUGCCUCAGGUUCAGGCGCAAAAUAUCAUCGAAAAACAUCGCCGUCGAUCGCAAACGACGCUCCAGCCUCCGAUGACCACGUUGCAGCAGCAGCUGUACUCAUCACAGAACGGGUUCCGCCUGGUGCAGUCAGCUCCCGGAACGCAGCCACCGCUCCCCAACCCGACGGUCCCGCUCGUGACGGCCCCACAACCCGCCAGCACGGCCAGCACCAGCACGACCACGGUCACGACGACCAACGGGCAUCAGCGAAUCAACUACAACUACCAUCCCAUCAUCGACUUCUUCGAGGAGGCCGAAGAGGAGGCCCCCCUUCCGGACCUCACGCAGGAGCAGAUUGACCGGAUUGGUUUGAAUGGCCACACGUCCCUCAACAGCUGGAAACCGCUCAUCACCAGCAACAACGGCGGCCGGCAGCGGUUUCAUCGCUAG